CCCAGGAGCUGGGUGCGGGUGACCCGCGACGGGGAAGCGGCCUGGGUUGGCCCUCCGGUUGCGGGGUCUGGGGGCGUCUGGCCCGGUCCCCCAACUGGCCCGCCUACAACGCCUACCCCGGGCCACAGCAAUGGCCGCCGAGAACAGCAAGCAGUUUUGGAAGAGGAGCGCCAAGCUGCCGGGGAGCAUCCAGCCUGUGUAUGGAGCACAGCACCCUCCUCUGGACCCUCAGCUCACCAAAAACUUCAUUAAAGAACGGUCAAAAGUCAAUGCAGUUCCUCUGAAGAAUAAGAAGGCCUCCAGUUUUCAUGAGUUUGCCCGGAAUACCAGUGAUGCUUGGGACAUUGGUGAUGAUGAGGAAGAGGACUUUUCCUCACCUUCUUUCCAAACUCUGAACUCAAAGGUUGCUUUGGCAACUGCAGCCCAGGUCCUAGAAAACCACAGCAAGCUGAGGGUGAAACCAGAACGGUCCCAGUCAACAACAUCCGAAAUUCCUGCCAGCUACAAGGUCAUAAAGUCUAGCAGUGAUGCCCAGCUGUCCAGAAACUCCAGUGACACAUGCCUGAGGAACCCUCUCCACAAACAGCAGUCACUCCCUCUCCGACCUAUCAUCCCCCUUGUUGCCCGGAUCUCGGACCAGAAUGCUUCUGGGGCUCCGCCGAUGACCGUCCGGGAGAAAACCCGCCUAGAAAAAUUCCGUCAGCUUCUCUCCAGCCACAACACUGACUUAGAUGAGCUGAGGAAGUGUAGCUGGCCAGGGGUUCCCAGGGAGGUUCGUCCUGUAACCUGGAGACUCCUGUCGGGCUAUCUUCCAGCAAACACUGAGAGGAGGAAAUUGACCCUGCAGCGGAAGCGGGAGGAGUAUUUUGGCUUCAUUGAGCAGUAUUAUGACUCUCGAAAUGAGGAGCAUCACCAGGAUACCUACAGACAGAUUCACAUUGACAUUCCAAGGACAAAUCCUCUCAUUCCGUUGUUCCAGCAACCACUUGUACAGGAGAUCUUCGAAAGAAUUCUAUUUAUUUGGGCCAUCCGACACCCUGCCAGUGGGUAUGUCCAGGGAAUUAAUGACCUGGUCACUCCGUUCUUUGUCGUCUUCCUCUCAGAAUAUGUGGAAGAGGAUGUGGAGAACUUUGACGUGACCAACUUGUCUCAGGACAUGCUACGAAGCAUUGAAGCCGAUAGCUUUUGGUGCAUGAGCAAGCUGCUGGAUGGAAUCCAGGAUAACUACACCUUUGCACAGCCAGGGAUCCAGAAGAAGGUCAAGGCACUAGAGGAGCUUGUCAGCCGGAUUGAUGAGCAGGUACAUAAUCACUUCAGGAGGUACGAGGUCGAAUACCUACAGUUUGCCUUUCGCUGGAUGAACAAUCUUCUUAUGCGGGAACUUCCCCUUCGCUGCACCAUCCGCCUGUGGGACACAUACCAGUCUGAACCAGAAGGAUUCUCCCACUUCCAUCUCUACGUGUGUGCCGCCUUCUUGAUCAAGUGGAGGAAAGAGAUCUUGGAUGAGGAGGACUUUCAGGGUCUCCUCAUGCUGCUACAGAACCUACCUACAAUACACUGGGGCAACGAAGAGAUUGGGCUGCUUCUCGCUGAGGCAUAUAGACUCAAGUACAUGUUUGCUGAUGCCCCCAAUCACUACCGCCGAUAGGUGCUGCCUCCCCACGGGGACCCAGACUGCCCCAUCUCUGAUGGCAAUCUGAUCACUGUGGCCACUGUGCAAGCUGUGGACCCUGGCCAGGAACCACUCCUGCUGUAAAAAGCUCACACCCGCCACCCAGGUCUUAACUUUCUGGUGUGCCUGUCCACCACUCCAUGUCUCUGGGUGCAUCUCUUGGACCACUGUCAGUAUUUCAUGCCAUGUGGAUGGGCCCAGCUCUGGGAGAGGACAGAAAAGGAGGUACAGGGUUGUCUGCCCCUUUAAAAGAAACCGGACAAAAGAAGGGGAAGACUCAGGGUCUCAACUCACAUUGCCCCUACAUGGACUGGCUGUCUCACCUCCCCAACCCAACUGAUAUGUUGCUCUUCGUGAAAUAGUUUGAUUUGAUCGCAGGUCAAAACGCCUUAUGUUUAAGACUCCUGGCCCCUCUCCCUCUCCCGUUUUCUAGCCCUUCUCCUUCUGCCCUAGACUGAGCCAGUGAGGAGCAGCUUUUCAAGACCACUGCUCUCAGGUGGAGGAGGUACUGAGGCUUUUAACUCUGGGAAGAGACCUACACCCAAGGGCUAGGAAUUUUAUUUUUCCCUUCCCCACCAGAUAUCUGUAUGUGUGUGUGUGUGAGAGUGUGUAUGCAUACACACCCAUCAGCAUUUAGGUACAUGUCUGAAUGUCUGUCUCCAGACUGGCCUGACUAGAACCAUCCGGGAAGGGCCUCAGUCACCAGGUAUACAAGCAUCCCUUGAGAAGGAUCAGGGCAGGGGGGAGGAGAGGCUUUUUAGCUCUCCGAACCCUUUUCCAUGUUGACCCACUCCAAGAUAUUAUGUGUAAAUUGUGUUAUUAUGUAUAUGGGUAAGGAUGUACAAAUAUAUGUCCUCUUUGUAGCAGAUAUGAUUUUAUAUUUAUAAUGUGCAUCACCAUGUGAAAGCAUUCUAGGUCACUGGCACAGAUGAAGUUGCCAGGCAAGCGGCUUCAGUGACCCAGGCUGGUUUCAAGUGCCCUCCUGUGAGGGAAAUGGGAUGGUCAUCUGCGUGAGUGAGUGUAGCUGAGCAGAUGGCACUGCUUUUAAAACCAGUGGCAGCUAUCCCAAGCAUCAGUAUCCCAGUUUUUCUCUCCUCCCCUUUCUCCCCACUCCUCCUUGGGCCUUUCUGGAGCAUCUUCCCUGCUCCCUCCCCCUCUUCAGCAGAAAAGGAUGUGAAGACACAACUCCCUUCCCUUCACCCCUAGCAGCCUCCCAGAGAGGGGACUGCAGAGACAGAAGCCCCUUCUGCAUGAUUUAGCCCCUGCCUUUUCCCCAGAAUCUGGGGAGGACUUUUAUUUUUUAUAUUUUUUAAUCAGCAUUUUAUUCAGGACAGAAGUUAGGACUGACUAGUCAGUGCCAAGGAAAGGAAAGGGGUUUCCAGUGUGUCCCUGGUGUUUUGGGCUCUUCUCAGUAUUCACACUGUCACCAUCAUACUCACACAGCACAUGAGACUUGCGACCCAUGUUUGAUUUUUGGUAUUUGUUAGUGGGGGGGGGGGGUGGCAAGCAGCUGUCAUCCUCUUAGGAAGCCAAGCCGUGUUCCCAGUGGGUGACACCUUGAGCCUCAUUGCCAGCUAAGCCACACCAUGCCAGUAUAUGUUAAGUUUGUCAUCUGGAACUGUUUCUCAGGCAUUCUUCCUAACCCUUUUCCUUUUCCCCUUUUGUGUGCCUCAAUAGUUUCCUUCACUGAGUGAGAGGAUUUGUGACCCUCCCUCAACCAGACUAAUUAAAGAAAGACACUUGUGUUCCCAAGUGGUGGUUUUAUUUUUUUAGUUUUUAUGUUUGUAUGGGAAAUUGUGGAUAAAGUGAAAGAAUUGUAAAUAAAUAGUGUAUUUCCUCCUCUA